AGUGGGUUUGCGUACGAGCAGUGUGACAGACUACGGACGGUUUCGGUGGGUUCCACUGCUGACACACCAUGUGAUUUCACCUCUGUCAAGUCUGUCCUUCAGUCUUCGGGUUGGCUGUUCGUCUCGGCCCCGCCGGUGGACUGCACGGGUGAGCACACAUGGGAGAAGAGGAACAGGCUGAGUGGGUUUUUAUGGAGUCUGGCUGUCCUUGUGUCUGACGCUGGAGCUACAGGUAAAACCUCUUUGCCUCUAAAUGUAGCUGCAAUCAGGUCAGAGUUCAGCUCCUGUCUUAUACAAGAAAACAGCACAUUUAUUUUGAGAUAGAACAUGUUCUUUAAAGUAUUUUUUAAAGUGAUUUCCCAGGUUUGCCAAAUGUGAUAUUAAUGUGACCUCCCUAAUGUGACCUCCCCAGUGGGGGCUUUGAACAAGUUGAGGGUAAGCUCGGUUACAGGAAGUGAACAAAAAAACAUGACAUUAGUUAUCCAAAGAAGAUCAUAUAGAAUAGCCUAAAUGUGUUUUUCUUGGAGAGGGGAUGAGGGGAUGUCCAGUGUUAGACUUUGAAAACCCCUAAAUGUCGGAAUAAACAAAAGAAAACUACACUUAGCGGUAGUGUGCCUGAACAUUUAAGGUUUGUUCAUUUGUUCUGAACUACAGAUAUUUAUGGGCCAAAGUGAAGCUCAAGUGCACAGUUUUAACUGGUGCUCUUAGACAAAAGAUUGGAGGGGGGAGGGGGGGGGUCACCACAAUAAUUUGCAUGUUUAACAUUUACUAAUUAGCCUAAACACAAGGAGGAUGUGGUAUUAUCAUUAUCAUUAGUGUUGCAGGUACUUUAUUCCUGUCUACAGUGUCACUGCACACAUCUUCAGCCAUCAUUAGCAAUCUGCACCAGCAUGAGGAGAUGUCGUCUAGUGGAGACCUGCAGUGAAGUCCAGGCAGAGGAGACCAACAAGGGGACAAAGCAGAGAAGGAGGCAGUGCAGGUUCCCUGUGGGGACAACCGGCCUGCAGGAAGCGGUGCCAUGCAAGAAGCGACAUCAGAAAGUGGACUAGAGCCGGUCCAGAGGGAGGAGAAAGCGAGAGAGAAAGCGAGAGAGGGGUUUCCCCACAUGUCUGUCAACCAGGAACUCCGGGACAGAGGGUCAGAAGCAUCAGGUGCAGCCGGCCUGAGGUCCUUCCCCAGGGGCUUGCCGACCUGCUCCUACCCAGGCAGGGACCGGCAGCGGCAGGCAGAGGAGCCCCGGGGUGCUGGGCCUUUCUAUUUCAUUGGAGGAGCCAAUGGGGCUGAAAUAGUGAGCAGUUACUGUGAGAGCAGAGGAUGGAAGAGGAUUUACAACAUACACAGGGAGGAUGUUAAACUCAAGUGGUGUGAGAGCAAAUCACCAGCCACCUACUGUAACUUCAGAGAAGGGGAACAGCUGGUGUACCAGAUUCCCAACAACAAGGUGCUCACCACUAAGAUCGGCCUCCUCAGCAGUCUGCGGCAGUAUGAGCGAGUCAGCAGCAAAGUCAACCACGGCAAAGCACUCAGGUUGAAGCUGAAAAUGGAGGAGUUUAUUCCCACAACCUUCCGCAUGGACGUGAGGGAAGAGAGGGAGGCUUUCUUUGCCCAGCAGGAAGGUGUGAGCAACAAUGAGAGUCACAUGUGGAUCUGUAAGCCCACGGGUCUGAACCAAGGCAGAGGAAUCUUUCUGCUGAAGAGCCAGGAGGACAUGGCCGCCUUCAGACUGAACCUGCAGCACACGGAGGACAGCCAGGCCAACGGGAGGACGCUCCACCACCGGCCUCAGGCUCGCGUUGUCCAACAUUACAUCCAGAGGCCGCUGCUCCUGAAAGGGAAGAAGUUUGACGUGCGCUCCUACCUCCUGAUCGCCUGCACCGCACCUUACGUGGUCUUCUUUCGCCAUGGAUAUGUGCGACUGACCUGUGACCUCUACGACCCCAGCUCCAACAACCUGUCUGCCCACCUGACAAAUCAGUGCGUGCAGAAGAAGAACCCUCUGUACAGCCAGCUGAAGGAGGACACGGUCUGGUCCAUGGAGAGAUUCAACACCUACGUCAAUGAAAGCUUUCGGGUUCCCAAGGGUCUGCCCAGGGACUGGGUGCUGGGCGCCUUCACAAUGCGCAUGCAGCAGAUCAUGACCCAGUGCUUCUUGGCAGUCAAAUCCAAGUUAGACUGCCGACUGGGCUUCUUUGACUUGAUUGGCUGCGACUUCAUGGUCGAUGAGGACUUCAAGGUUUGGCUGUUGGAGAUGAACUGUAAUCCAGCGCUCCACACGAAUUGUAAAGUGCUGGAGGAGGUGAUACCCGGCAUUGUUGUGGAGACGCUGGAUUUAACGCUGGAGAUCUUUAACAAGUGUCGUGCCAAUCAGAGGAUUCUUCCGUUGGCCAGUCAGAGGGACUUCGUGCUGCUUUACAACAGAGUUUUACCUCCGGAUUCAGCGCUGGUCUGCAGCAAGAGCAACACAAACAGGGAAUUCAGCCGGAAAAGAACCCAAAAGACUGAGCCCAAAAGACGCGGGUCAGAGGGCAACAUUGUGCCCUCAUCAUCCCCUGAAAGGGGGAAUGUAUCAGCAAGUGGGGAAGGAAGAGGUAGUUCAAAGUAUGGCCAGUGUCCCCCCACCUCCACAGCCCCCUCACGUUUCCAUCAAGACUCUCCAUCAGUGCAGGGACCUUCACGUUUACACAGCAUACAGACUGCGAGGACCAAGAAUCCCAGGACUCGGGUUGAACUCAAGCUGAGCAAAUGUGGCGUGCAUCAUUAUUCAAAAGCUGCAGGCGUCGUGAAGGACUCAAAGGCUCAUCGGGAGACGAUAAUUAUGUCGCUGUCGUCACAAGGGAUCACUGCUUGUGGCUUUCCGGAGACCACGAUACCGGUCCCUCCUCAUGCCGCGUGGAAAAGAACGUGAAGAAGAGCGAAAAAAGAAAACAGCUUUGUUUAUGAGACAGAAGAGUAACAGCGAGGAGGAUCUGAAGAGCUUUGCCUACAUUUAAUGAUCACCGUGUUGGACAUCUGGGGAUAUUUAAUAUUAUUUUAUAAAAUCACAUGGUUCCUACCGGUCUUCAAAAUUCUUGGAAGUUUGUGCAUUUGAGGGGAAAGAAAUGGAUAUCUGAAAAAAGGUUUUUGUAAAUAAACGUAGAUGUGGGUCAUUGAAAGUGCUUGAAUUGGUUAUUCACGAUUGAAAAAGAGAAGAGAAAUAUGUCGCUCACACAAUACUGUAUAUUGUUUUGCUAUUCUGUGUUGGUGAAGACAAGAGACCACAUAGUCUGCCAUCACUGUAACGCAGUCCAAUUGAAGUGUUAGCACAUUUCAGCCUUUCUCUCUAUUAAGUUGUAGCCUGUGAGGUCAAACCUGCUACUCCUCAUGAUGUUAUAACAGUAAUUGACCUUGACCCGUGCCAUUUGGAAUUGGAAUUGGAAAUCCUUAAAAAGUAAUUGGGCCUCAUUCACAAACUCUCUGCCUAAACUGUGUGUAUAAAAUAAUUUAUGGUCAAAUCUGGGAUUCAUCAAUAUUUUCUUCCUUAAAUUUCUUCUAACUCUGGGAACAAAUUUAGAACAUCCUCAGACCAUAUUUGUCUUAAUGUCAACACACACCUUUAAAAUAAAUGCAUCUCAUGUUAAUACUGCAUGAAUUAACACAAGCUUCACAGA